AUGGCCGAAAGGAAAGUCCUAAAUAAAUACAUACCACCGGAUUUUGAUCCGGACAAAUUAAUGGAAAGUAAAAAAUUGAUGAAAAAAAUAGAGAAGAGGAAUAACAGGAACAACAAGUAUAAUAAAAAUAAGAAGAAAUUCUUAAAUAUAAGAAUGAUGUACCCAUUCACUUUAAAAUGUAAUAAAUGUAAAAGCUUUACGUAUGUUGGUACAAAAUUUAAUUCAAGAGUUGAAAAAUUAAAAGAUGAAAGUUAUUUAAAUAUUCCUAUAUGGAAAUUUUAUGGAAAAUGCAAUGAAUGUAAAAAUGAAAUCAUUUUUAAAACAGAUCCUAAGAAUGGAGACUAUGUAUUAAUAGCAGGAGGUAUACGAACAUAUGAUGCUCAUAAAGAGCAGGAAAUAGCUGAUGAUUAUUAUAGAACAAAUAAUAAUGUUACACACGAUAAGAUGAAAAACACGGAAAAAGAAUCAUACAAUGCCAUGUUAGAAUUAAAAACCAAUGAACAAUUAGAAGAAUUACAAAAUAUUAAUAAAAGGAACAUAGAUAAAUUUAGCAGCAUAAAUAAAGCAUUAGAUAAAUUAUAUGAAAAAAGUGAAAUCCAAAAUAGCGAAAAUAAUUAUUAUAUGAAUUACUUAGAUCCUGAAGAUGAAAAGGCGUUUUUUAAUAUGCUUAGCAAAACUAGGUCAUCCGCAGAGCAAAAUGCGGAAGGGACGAAGAUAAAUCAAGUAAACGCGUACAACACACCUAAUGUAAAGGAUGAUAAUAUUAUUAUAGAGGAAGAGGAGUUGGCAGAAGAGGAGGAUGUGGAAGGGGGAAAGGAAGAGGAAGAGGAAGAGAAAGAGAAAGAGAAAGAGAAAGAGGUAAAGAAUGACUUAGAGAAAGAUAAAGAUAACGCGAAGGAGAAAGCGAAAGGGAAUGAAGUAGAAGAAAAAGGCGGAAAAAGGUUUACGGAAAACACUUUUAAAGACAGUUUAUUCAGUAAAAAGAAAGAUUUUGUAAAAAGUUUAAAGCAAAGCGGAGGAAAUGGAGAAGGAAUAAAAACAAAUAUUAAUUUAAAACCUCUUGAAAAUGUGAAAUCAAAUCGAGAAGGUAAAAUAAAUAAUGACGAUGUUAUAGAAAUGGAUAAUAAUAAUCUCAAGCGUAACAACAACAACCAAAAUAAUAACGUAUCAGAUAUAAAUAGUAGACACGUUUUAAAAAUGAAGAAUUUAGAAACAAAUUACAAUUUCAUCAUUAAAAAAAAGGAGGAUCUGUCUAGUAUUUUUAAUGAAUACAAUUCAGACAGUUUUGAUUCUCCAGAAAGUUAA